AUGGCACCGGCCCUUCUGAAGAAGGCCAGCCAGCACUUCAUUCGCCUUUCAUCAUGCGACUCAAAGAACGCAUUUAUAACGCCUGAUGGACCCGAAGGAGUUGGUGCAGAUAGCUUGGACGAACAACAUGCGCGGAAGACUGGUAACGGUAGUUCCAAGAAAUGGAAACCUUUCCGCGCUGCCUUCAACAGAGGGAAGAAUACACGCAGUGGCGCUGAGUCGGGUAAAGAUACGAACACACUUCCUGAAGAGCGAGUCAAGACUCGUUUACUGAACAGAUAUGGACCACGGCGUGAAGGUGUAACAAGAAGUGCACAUACCAAAGACUUCAUUGGAAAGCUUCGGCUCAACCCCAUAGCUAUGUCAUCCAAUUCGACACUGCUAAUUCGAACUUCUCCAAGGAGGUUAAGCAGCUCACUGCAGCUGCUGAAACAUCCUCAGCUGAACGAAUCGGACACUCCACCUUCUUCCGAAGUAACUGGUUCGCCUUCGCAGACUGGGGAAGAGUCGACAGAGAAGACAUCGCUCGAAUCAUCGCCUUCACAGAAAAACACGGAAGCGGCGGAGAGACGAUAUAAUAGGCGAAACCCAUGGACACGCUCAAGUCCCGAAGGUCGCGCACUCAGCACUAUCCCCGAAGCCGGUGUGAUUCAAGCUCGACCAACUGUUGCAACUGUAGAGAGGGCCGCUGCUGCCAAAAUCUUCCUCGAGACUUACUUCAACGAGCUGCUCUACAAACCUGAUGCGCGAACCUUGCGAAGCCAAUGUCUCGAAGCUCAGUUGUGCAACUGCUUGCUGAUAUCAUCAGAUGAGAAGGAGAGAAUCCGAAUACAGUACAGAAGUCAGGAAACGUGUCACUUAAGAGAGUUACGAGCAAUGAAAGCCAACUCUCUGUAUCGGCAAGGAAGGAAGGAAUCUAGCAUGUCGGUCAACAAUUACGAGCCGCUGCAAAUCCUUGGCAAAGGGAGUUUUGGAGUGGUCAGACUGGUGCGCGAAAAACCUGCUCAAGGACAUGCUUUCCCAAGGCAAGUCUAUGCCAUGAAGGUCAUUCGAAAGUCAGAAAUGAUUCGAAACAGUCAAGAGGGCCACCUGCGGGCUGAAAGAGACUUUCUCGUCGCUUCUGAAGGGUCACAAUGGGCCGUUCCCUUGAUCGCGAGCUUCCAAGAUCCAGCAAAUCUUUAUCUGGUAAUAGAGUAUAUGCCAGGUGGCGAUUUUCUUGGGUUGCUGAUUCGACAAAAUAUCCUACAAGAGCCUAUUGCGCAGUUCUAUAUUGCGGAGAUGAUACUUGCUGUGGAAGAGGCCCAUCGCCUGAACUUCAUUCACCGCGACAUCAAGCCAGACAACUUUCUCAUAUCUGGGACGGGGCAUCUAAAGAUCUCUGACUUUGGACUAGCAUUCGAUGAUCACUGGUCUCACGAUGCAGCUUAUUACAACACUCACCGAUAUUCCUUGGUUCACAGGCUAGGCAUCAGCAUCACCGGUGAUGAGGCGGAUCAAAAAAGCAGUAAAAAUAUCUUGAAGCAACUUGAGUUGUACCGAAGCCUUGUUUCUGGGCUUGAUAGACACGGAAAGUAUCCGUUGGAAAGAAAUGAGGAUUUACGAAACCUAAUCGGAUGGAGGAACCAACACGGGGCUCGCACUGCUGCCAGAUCUAUGGUUGGAACCAGCCAGUACAUGGCCCCAGAAGUCGUCCAGGGCCAUGAUUAUGAUGGAAGAUACGGACGGAAGCAGACAAAACAAAAUAUCCUCAAAUUCAAGAGCAACUUUGCAUUCCCACUCAGACCUUAUGUCAGCGACAAGUGUAAAGACCUCAUCUGCCGCUUGAUCCAGGAUAAAGACAUUCGGCUGUGUUCAAGAAAGUACCAGAUGAAGUACCGUGGCCCGUUUGAUGGUCCACGAACGACAUACUACUCCGGUCGAUAUGUCUUUCCCGAUGAUGCGGAGGAUAUUAAAGCACAUAGAUGGUUCAAGAACACGCCCUGGGAUCGCUUGCAGUCUAUGCCGCCACCGUUUACUCCGAAUUUGAAGAGCGAUGACGAUGCACACUACUUUGACGAGUCCGAACCUUUGGAGGAAUGGUCAGAGUCAAUUCCUUCAAAUGUGUUCCUCAAUUCGGAGGACGUGGGAGAGUUGCUUUUUGGGUUUGACGCCCACGUGCAACAGAAGGCCAUGGAACUCAUCAAGACCCCGUUCGAUGCGGCCAAACUCCGAAGUAUCGACCGCGAUCUUGAUGCAUCAAAAGAGUUUCAGCCCACUGAAAAGGCGACGUUGAAGCAAUUUGUCAGAUUCUACGGACACAAGGAGCGUAAACGGCCACGAGACAUGCUGCUUCGGGAUAGGAAUACGAAGAAGACUUCGUUGAGAAUACGAAAAGAGACUGCUUUCAUGGGAUAUACAUGGCGUCGAAUGAGGCCGGGUGGCUAUGUCGAACAGAGAACACAAGGAAUGCCCGUGGUGGGUGAAGGCCAAGAUUUGGCAUAA